AUGGAAUUGGAAAACUUCCCCGGCUUGCCGCCAUUUCCUGGCAAUAUGCUAGUCAUGGAUCUUGAUCGGCUUUCAUUGGCCAAACUACUAGACCACGAUGACGAGGAAUGCCGCAGGUUCUAUCUCGCGUGCGAGAAAAUUGGAUUCUUCUAUUUGGAUAUGCGCUCUCAAAAGGAUGGUCAAUCCAUUUUGUCAUAUGCGGAUAAGCUGUUCCGAGUCAGCGAGCAGUUGUUCUCUCUCAAGGUUGAGGAAAAAGGAAAAUACGACUUUAGCGAGAAGAAUUCGUUCUUCGGAUACAAACCCCUUGGGUCGUACGUCAUUGAUAGUCGGGGAAAUACUGACAGGGAAGAAUUUUAUGAUGUUUCAAGGGACGAUCUUCUUGGACAUGCACACGCCUUACCUCAGCCAGAGGUAGUGAAUGAGGAGCUUGAAGUGUUCAAAUCCUUCGCUUCGAGUACUCAUUCGGUCAUCGUUACGCCUUUACUGGAUCUUCUGAAUGAACACUUACAGCUUCCUCCGUCUACCUUGGCGAAUCUGCACCGCAUCGACCGUCCAAGUGGCGACAUGGUCCGACUCACUAGAUGUCCUCCGCAGCCAGUCGAGGACAAAGCUGCGCGUCUUGGUGAACACACAGACUUUGGCAGCAUUACGGUCCUCUUCAACCGUCUGGGCGGUCUACAGGUUCUCGUUCCAGGCACGGAUGCUCAAUGGAAAUGGAUCAAGCCGAUUCCUGGACAUUGCAUUGUCAAUUUGGGAGAUACGUUGGUGAAGUUCACCAAUGGGCUUCUAAGAUCCAACAUUCAUCGCGUGGUUGCCUCUCCAGGAGAGCAGGCAGAGUGUAUUAGGUAUAGUCUGGGGUAUUUUUCCCGUCCGGACCACAAUGCUGUUCUGAAGAGGCUUGAUAGCCCCGCCAUCCCAGCCUUGCCAGCAGGCAUUGUCGAGGAGGAUUUCACUACUAGGGACUGGCUUGUACGCAGAGCACUCUCCAGACGUGUUAACCUGAGAAAUGGUGUGAGUUCCAGCGCUCUGGAUUAUGCUAAGCACUCAGGAACAGAGAAAAUCAGUCGGCGGGUCAAAGCUUAA